CUACCAAUUGGAAGCAUAAAUUAUAACUGUUACUAGUGUGUUAACUGUGCAUUUAGUAAAGCUAAUAGCUAGAGAAGGACAUGUACCUUUUCGCGUGUAUAUGCGCUCAAAACCUGGGAAAUACGGAAUGAAAGUAUGGUGUUUAUCUUGCGUAGACUGCGAUUACGUAUGUAACUUACAAGUCUACACCGGCAAGAAAGACAAGCAGUCAGAAAAGGGACAAGGAAAGCGAAUAGUCAAUGAUCUCAUUGAGCCAUUCAUAUUUACAGGCCGUGAAGUAACCACGGAUAAUUUCUUCACGUCAACUGAACUAGCUGAAGAAUUGUGGGAAAAAAAUAUAAUGCUCACAGGGACUGUAAGGCACAAUAAAAAAGAAUUGCCUCCUGAAUUCGUUGCCUCCAAAGGAAGAAUGCCUGGUUCAAUAUUGAUUGGAUAUCGAGAACCCUGUGUGUUAACUUCAUAUAUAGAUGGUAAAAAAAAGAAACCUGUGAUCAUUUUAACAAUCAAUAACAAUGUAACAACAACCGAUCAAGAUAAUAAGCCUAACGUUGUUCUGCACUAUAAUGCAACAAAAGGUGCCGUUGAUUCCGGAGACUUCGUCACACGGAAAACUAAUUGUGUGCGGAAAACGAAAGUGUGGACCAAAAAGCUGGCGAUGGAACUUAUCAGUAUAGCUUGCUUAAACUCAUCAUGUCUAUUUCGAUUAAAAUACCCAGAAUUCCAUAGAGGCGACAAACGAUGGAGAAGCCUGUUUUUACAGGAAUUAUGUGAUGAGUUGAUCUACAACAACGUCAAUGAUCGAUUGUUAUGUCAGAGUACAUCCGCAGCACUUAGGAAUGAUCUACAACGUUUUUCAGGCCGUCACUUACGUACCUAUGUAACCAUUAAAUGCACAUAUUGUACGUCAUCUGUUCUUGAUAAUAAUAGGUGUCAUAUUUGUGCUUCAAGAGCUUGUUCGGAUCAUCUAGAUGAAAUAACUGUGUACGUAUGCUACUCAUGCAGCAAGAAGAAAACCAUCAAUAUUUCAUUUACCAAACCAUCCAUUAAACGGCUUCGCUGUCAGAGAUGUUCAAUGGAUAGAAAAACUCAACGAAGAUGCUGCAACAUAUCUGUUACAAAUGUACAGUGGAGAGAAAAUUAAUUGUGUGCAAAUCGUGCAAUCAAUGAAACGAUGCAUCUGAAUUUAAGAACAUUAAGAGUAAUACAAGAUCUUGUAAAACAUAAUUUGCAAAGAUAUAAGUUUUAACCGAAAUAAAAUCAAGUUUCUAUUGAAAAUAAAAAAGUUUUUCAAAUAGUUUCCAACUAUCUCGGUUGCAUUUUUUACAGAUGUUCCAGAUUGUCCGAACUAAUCAAGGUUACAUGGUGCAUUUGAAGCCGAUACUGGUUUAUGUGCGUGAGAGUUUAUAAAAAAUGAGUUUUAUAACUUUUCCGAAUAGUCCACUUUUGAAUGAUCUGAAUUUUACAAUGAGCCUCCAAGUUCCAAUAGCUAGUCUUGAGAGUUCGCAAUAUUGGUUUCGUCCUAGACUAAAGAAAACUAGCAAAAUCUAAAAAUAAAACGCGAUUUCCAUGACGAUUUCAUGAUAAAGCUACUUUUAGGGAUGUUCCGGAUUGUCUCCAGGACUUCGUAGUAGCCUACUAGGCUACCAGGGUCACUAAUAAUAAUACUAGGGUCACACGGUAUGUUCGAUACUGAUACUGUUUUCAGUGCACAAAAAUAACGUGUCUCGUAAAAUAAAGAUGCGGUUUUCUGGGAUGAGUCACGUGAACUGUCUACUUUCCCGGAUGUUCCGGAUCUUCCGGUAAACCCCCAAGUGGCCAUAACUGAUCAUAAAGCGUUCGAAAUAUUAGUUUCGUCCUUGAAUGUAGAAAACUACUGAAAUAAAAAAAAAAAAAACAACGAGAA